AUGGAUAAGGGCAAUGCCCAGCCUGAUACCGAGCAAGACUCUAUUCUGCUUUGCUCUUUCCAUCUUUAUUUCCAACUUCUGCGUUCAUAUUGUGUGAGGCUGUUAGACAAAAUGCUUUUGUUCAGCGCUUUCUAUCUCUCUCUUGCUGGGAUGGGCGUCAUCGCUGCAACCACUAGAGAGACAUCAAAUUGCGUGCCUGUCUCAUUUCAUUUCUCAGUCUCAGCCCUCAAUACGGUUUGGCUUUCGCCCCCGGACCCAGGCAGUGAAACUUCGAUUCUGGACUUCUUCUACUCUGGUUUGGCAAAUGGCACGGGGCCGGCAGUGGCUGGCACCACAAAGGAGACGGGCACAUUUCAAAUUAAUGGCAUAUAUUGCUCUCCAACCAGAGAGAAAUCGGGCCAAGCGCUCCAAGUAUUGGUUCAUGGCAUCACAUACGACAAGUCAAUAUGGUCCGGCACUGGAUAUGGUGCUCAGUAUGACUGGCAGGCGUUUGCCACCAACCAGGGCUAUCAUACGCUCGCCAUCGAUCGCCUUGGACAUGGCAGCAACCCUGAGCGCCCUGAUCCUCUUGCUGUCGUUCAGGGCUCGUUCCACAUAGAGAUGAUACACAAGUUGAUCUCAAUCGUUCGCAACCAGUCUGGAAAUCCGCUUGGACGCACCUUCAACAAGGUGGUAUACGUGAGCCACUCGUAUGGAGGCUGGGUGGGGACCGGCCUGAUCGCGAGAUAUCCCAAGGAUGUUGAUGCCAUGGUCCUCACUGGAUUCAGCACCGUGCCCAACUUUGCUCCAUUCGCGAAUUCGAAGCUGAGGUCCGCCGCGCUGCUGGCUCCCGGCCGGUUCCCUGGUUUGCCGCUGGGGUACAUCACCUUUGGCGAGAGUAGUGGGCGGAAGGCAGCCUUCUUUGCCGGCAACUUCGAUCCAGCCUUCCCCGCACUGGACUAUGCCAGUCAGGAGACCUGGACGAUUGGGGAGACCGGUUCGCUGGGUUUCACGUCCACAUCGCCGGUCGACUAUACAGGACCGCUCUUCCUUGCCACUGGAGCUGAUGAUGCUAUCUUCUGCCAGCCACCAAAAACGGCCUGCGAGGCUCUGGUACAAAAUUCUAAGCAGUUUUAUCCCAAUGUGAAGAAAUUUGGGUUUUUCGUGCCAGAAAACACGGGUCACACGCUGACGAGGCAUUAUUCUGCGCCGGCCACUUUCGCUAAGGUGCACCGGUUUCUGAAUGAGGCUUUGGGAAAGUGUUAG